AUGAUUACAUGGCGGCGGCGAUCGUCUUGUAAUGGUUUGCUGUCAGGAGAUCCGACGUGUGCUCCUCCGAAACCUCCAAGGGGCUGUCUGAGAGGUCAACCGGUUAAGAUUGAACCUCUACGAACCAUGGAUAAUGGUGGGAAUGAGCAGCAAUCAGCUACUUCACCAGUUCGGUCCUCGUGUGCCUUCGCGGCUGCAAAGAAAUAUCGAAAGAUGAAGGAUUACUUCCGACAUGCUGUGCAGAAGAGGUUAUACAUUUGCUCUACACCUCUGAAUAGUAUCAAGCAAGUUGACAGGAAGCCGUCUCGUUCAAAUUCCUUCAAGCGAUUCUUUUCUCCAAGUAGAGAAGAGGCCGAACUGCAUGAUGCUGCGUUAUUUCGUCUCCUAACUAUUGUGGAUAUACCAAUGCUUGAUGAACUCAUUGCUGUGCCGGGGCAACCAACGGUCAGUGAGCGGUAUGCAUUAAUUACACAUCGCGGGUCGUCGCCGCUUAUUCCAACGGAGUUCUCUCCCAUUCUGGAUGCAAUUGUGAGCCAACUACUGGGAAAGAAUCAGAUGAAGACCAAACUGGCUUUGCAAUAUCUCUUUCUUAUGAUUCCUCAGCAGUUGCGUGAUCAUCUCAGUAAUGUACUCCAGUUACUUGAGCAGACUACAGGGACCGACGUGUUUGUCUCAUUGCGAAACCCGUAUUAUUUGGGGAAAAAGGUUCGUGUUCCAUGA